CAACAUCGCCAGGUUGAAGUUCGUCUGUCUGUAGUUGUGUCGAGCUCGGAGCUCGUAUCCACUCUGGCCUGCCUGCCCGGAAAGGCGUCUGUCGGCUGCGUGUCGGUCGAGGUGCACGAGGAAGAGGAUAGGCAGAAGAUGUUUGUCCGUUUUUGAAUCGAAAGCAGCGGCAGCAGCAGCAGUUCAGGAAGUUACUGGAAGAAAGCAGAACGAUCGCCUCACAACGAAUCAGUUCAUUCGCUUCAGCUGCAGCUCAGUCAGUGAGGGUUGAGGUGAUUUUUUUCCUCGUAGUGUCGAAAUCGUUCGACCAUGCGAAUGCGCAGGGCCGCGAAACAGAGAGCCUCGAUCGGCAGCCGGAGCGGCACCGAUGUGGUGCGUGCGUCGAGCAUCUGAUCAGCUGGAGCUGGAGCCGGAGCGAUUGCAAUCACUUCCGCCGUCGUCUCUGUGUGGUCCUGGGACCUGGAGCUGCCCGACGUUCAAUUCUCGCAGGACCUCUCGAGAGUAAUCGGGACUCUCCCCACUGCACCACUCUCGGGCCGAGCAGGAGCCAAAGCACGAUGGACGAACGAGGUUCUCCCUGAGCUCCCCCGAAGCGGAACGAGUGCGCAGUACAUGCUCGGGAAUCGUCACGAGGUGGAAUCUGUAGAUGUGGUAGUGGCUGCGUCUGCAGCCGGGAAAAAUGAGCUUUCGGUGUCGAAGAUGUAGCAAUAACUCCAUCGACGAGGGCACGAAUGGCGUCCCUGGGAGAUGAGUUGGGAAUUACUCGGCCUCGUGACUACUGGCUGCAGGUGAGACAGCGAGCUGCCAGCAGCUGUGCGUCCGAGGGUGUGCAGCUAUGUCCAGGUCGAAGGUGACAUCGUUGGAAGUUCUAUUCGCCUUCGGGGGCAAUCGAUCAAUUCCUUACAGGAGCAAUGUCUGCGCCUCAUGACAUGUGGAACUCACGAGCAGGUGGAGAGGCGAACGAGAGACUGGCAUGGUAGUGAGGAGACGCAGGAAUUGAGGCAAGCAGCAGCACGGCACGGGACGAGCAGCUGAUCUGCAGCAGUCGGAGAGACGAGCCCCGCGAAAGGGCGCCAUGGAGAGCUGCAGGAGGUGCCGGGGAGCGUGGUGGGGGGUGGCAAUGAUAGCCAUCGCCAUCGCGGUGGUGGCGGUGGGCGUCUCGGCGCAGCCGCAGCCGCUGCCGCGACCGGAGUCGCAGAACGAGACGCAGGCCAUGCAGGCGCUGCGGCAGUCGCUGGAGAUAGGCGACUCGUCGUGGCCGGCGCGCGCCGACCCGUGCACGAGCUGGGUGGGAGUGGCCUGCGACGACGGGCACGUCGUGAGCAUCGCCAUCUCGGGGCGCAACGUGACGAUGGCUUCCGGCGCCCGCCACCCCGUGUUCGCCAUGGACUCGCUCCUCGGCCUGCCGGCGCUCAAGCGCCUCACCGUCUCGGAUUUCUCCGUGCCCGGCACGCUCCCGAGCUGGCUCGGCAAUCUGAGCGCGCUUGAGAGCCUCGACUUCUCGAACUCGUCUGUCAAUGGCAGCAUCCCGCCCUCACUGGGGCAGCUCUCGCGUCUGCGCUCGCUCUCCCUGGCGCGCAACAGCCUCUCGGGAAACAUCCCAUGGGAGCUGAGCAAUCUCUCAAGCAUGCAGCUGCUGGACCUGUCGUCGAAUAUGAUGAGCGGCACCAUUCCUGCACCGCUGCUCAAUUUGCCCGAGCUCCAAGUGCUCGAUCUCUCGCACAACUAUCUCUCAGGCCCAAUUCCCGACAAGCUGACGGGCUUGGUCGGCUUGCGCCGGCUGAUCCUGGCCUACAAUUACUUCAGCGGCGCCAUCCCCAGGCUGGGCAGCCUGCAGCUGCUGUCGGCCAUCGACCUCUCGAGGAACAAUCUGUCUGGCGCCGUCCCGGCCGCGCUCGGGAACCUCUCGCGCCUCGUCACGCUGGGGCUUAACGACAACCACCUGAACGGGACGGUGCCGCCGGAGCUGACGCUGUGUUCCGAGCUCGAGGCGCUUAAUCUCGGGGGUAACCUGCUGACCGGGAACUUGCCCCUGUCGAUGGGCUCGCUGCUGCAGCUUAAGCGCCUCAACCUGUCGAUGAACGCGCUGACCGGCAGCAUGCCCCCGGGCUGGGACAGUUUGGUGCUUCUGGAGCGCGUGGACCUGUCGCACAACCUGUUCUACGGGCCACUGCCCGCCGACCUCGCUCGUCUCCCGACGCUGGCCGUGCUGAACGUCUCGGACAACUUUUUCAACGAGUCGCUGCCCGCCGUGCUGCCCAAGGUCACGGUGACGAAGAAGAAUUGCUUCGCGAACGCGACCCGGCAGCACACCGUGCGCGCCUGCGCGAAGUUCUACGCCGAUCGCGGGGUUACCGUGCCGCGCGACCCGACGCCCUCGAGCGCGGAGCCGGCGCGGAACGCCACUGCCCCCACUGCGCCCAGCCAGGGAGGGCGCGAGUCGAGCAAAGAGAAGCACUUGGUGCCGUUGUUCGCCGGAAUCGGCGGGGGGCUGGGCUUAAUCAUCCUCGUGGGGCUAUUCGCUUUGUGCGUGCACAGGAUCGAGCGUAAGGAGCGAUCGCCCAGCGGGGGCAACCGCAGCGGAGGCCCCGCGGAGUCGGGAUUCGGGUCCGGAGGCGCCGGCAUCAUCGUCAGUCGACUGGGCGAGGCCUUCAGCUACACGCAGCUGCAGCACGCGACGAAGAAAUUCAGCGGCGCCAAUCUCAUCAGCCAGGGCCAUUCGGGCGAUCUGUACAAGGGGCUGCUCGACGGCGGCACCACCGUGGUCGUCAAGCGCAUCGAGGCCUCGAAAUUCCGCAAGGAUUCCUACGUCCCCGAGCUCGAAGUCUACGGGCGAGCCUCGCACUCGCGCCUAGUCUCGCUCGUCGGCUACUGCCUGGAGCGCGAGGACGAGAAGCUGCUGGUUUACAAGUACAUGCCCAAUGGCGACUUGGCCUCCGCCCUGCACACCAAGGGCAGCCCUGGCCCCGGCGAUGUUCUGCGAUCGCUCGACUGGAUCACCCGACUCAAGGUCGCCAUCGGCGCUGCCGAAGCCCUCUCGUAUCUGCACCAUGACUCCCAGCCCCCUCUUGUGCAUAGGGACAUCAAAGCGAGCAGCAUUUUAUUAGAUGACAAGUUCGAGGUGAGGCUCGGGAGCCUGAGCGAGGUGCGAUCGCAGGACGGGGAUUCACAUCCGGGCUUAAUCCGUCGACUUCUCGGCCUGUCACAAUCCUCCGACCAGGGAAUUCGUGACGCAGGGCAAGCGGUGGCAUCGUGUGCGCUCGACGUUUAUAGCUAUGGCAAGGUGCUGCUGGAGCUCGUGUCGGGGAAGCUGGGGAUCAGCGGGGUGUCGGAUCCGAGGACGGAUGCGUGGCUGGACUGGGCGAUGCCGCUGAUCAACCCGCACGACAAGGAGUCGCUGCCGAAGCUCGUGGACCCGUCGCUCAUAGUGGACGAGGAUCUGCUGGAGGAGGUGUGGGCAGUAGCCAUCAUCGCCAAGGCCUGUCUCAAUCCCAAGCCCCAGAAGCGGCCCAGCAUGCGCCAUGUGCUCAAGGCUCUCGAGAACCCGCACAAAGUCGUGCGCCAGGAUUUCCAAUUCAGCGACACGCUGGCCAUGCGCACCUCGUCCCACAGUUCGUGGAACGAGGCGCUCUUCGGCAGCUGGAGGCACUCGUCCGUCAUUCCGGGCACGCUGCGGGAGGAGUAUCAGAUGAAGGCCGGGGGCAUCGGCGCCGGCAGUCGCGUCGAGUACCCCCAAUCGCACACUCGUCGAGGAUCCAGCGACAUCGUCCCCGAGCCCAUUUCGGAAAACGACUAUCCUCGAUCUCGUUGACCCCCGAUCAUUUCAGCUCAGCUCAGAUCAGAUCAGCUCAGCUCACAGCUCAGAUUAGAUCAGAUCACAUCGGAUCGGAUCACGUUCGAGGGAUGCAGAGUAAUGAACACAUCGAUCGAUGCUCUCUAGAGACAUCAUCGUCCAUCAUCCGAACGAUCGGCGACGGGCAAAAUUGACUACAAUUGUGAAGACAUCAAGGCCGGGAGGACUGCAUGGUUUGGUUUAUUCAUCAAGUUUUCACCACAGGCUCCCAGCCCGGGGGUUUGUACAUUAGGUCAGGAAGAGAAAGGUUAGGAGCUUAAAGAUGUGGCUAGUAGCAGCAGACACAGGCAGACCGACAGACAGACAGACAGAAUUACAGGACAGACAGAAGCUGGAGGGGUGGAGGAAGGCAGGCAGGAAGGAUUGGAAGUUAGGGGAAAGAGUGGGUGGGGGUGGGAGGGAGGGAGAGGGAUAUGGGGAGGUAGAUAAGGAUAGCGGCAGAGGAGAUAAGGGUCUAUCCAUGUCGAAGGAGAGAGGAGAGAUAGGAGAGAGAGAUAGAGAGAGAGAGAGGAGAGGAGAGGUGUGUGAAGAGAUAGACACAAUUCUUUAUUGGCGGACGCACCAACUUUGCUCCGAUGUCGAAAGAGUCUCGAGGGACGGAUGCACAAAUGGAUGAGCGGCACGUCCCAUUUUUUAGUGAUCAGAAACGAGGUCUUCAAACGUCAAUCCAAAUACUGUGUCCCAUGUGCAUAGCAGCAUAACAAUGUGCUCCGACUCGCUGUUGGUUUCAAUAUCGAAGUUUUACUACACUCGCCACGGAUGCG